GAUCUCUACAGGAUUACGCUGAUAUGGCCAGCAGAAAAAGCUGAGAUUUAUUUUUUUAUUUCACCAUUAUAUAUUUCUUUUCACAAUGUCUGUCAUCGACUAUUCAAAGUGGGACCACUUAAAUGUCAGUUCAGAUGGAUCAGACGAUAACGAGUGGGAUACUUGUGGCGAUGACGAUGAAGAGGAGUCAUCAGACGACGUAGAAAGAGAAACAUGUGUUUCGCCAUUUUCAAACCAAGGUAUGAGACAACUGCCGAGGGAAACAUUACAAGGCUCUAUUGGUUUUGAUUGUGUUCCGUUGACAGUUCGUGACCCAAAAAUGCCAGCAUCUAAGCGACGAAAAAAGGUUGGGAAACCAAAGUUUGUGAAGCUUCAUCCACUUGACAACGGGAAGUAUCUGGACCCUGUUUUCUACAUGAAUCCAGAUGAUUUUGUUCCACUGUGUAAUGAAGAUGGAGUCUUUUGUAAAUGGGGAAUCCCAGAGGCUGAAAAUGGUAUGGAUUUGAUGAACAGACAAAUUGCCGUCCAGAGUCUUUAUUGGCCCAGAGACACAAAACCUACCCCAGAGGUCCAGUUUGUGCGCCGACUCAUAGAGAUCAAGGCGAAGAAAUUAGAAGUGAGAGAUCCGCAAUACCUCAGUCUGGAUUUUAUUUUGAAGAUCAGAAUGAAUGGUAAUGUCCCAGAGAUAUGGCGCAGAUUUAAAGUUUCAGGUGGAGUGACUCUAAAUACAUUCCAGGAUAAGAUUGUUACUCCUAUAAUGGGUUGGGUGCGCAACUACCAUGCUUACUAUUUCACAGAUCGUUCUGAUGGAGCCGUCUUUGGUCCUGUCAAAUCUGAUGCAAUUGACAUGUGCUGGAUCUACCUGAAUGGUUGGGAAUUCUUUGAUGACACCAAGGUCAGACUUGGACAGAUCCUCCAGAAAAAGGGAGAUGCUCUCAAUUAUAUAUAUGACAUGGGGGACAAAUGGGAUCAUGAAAUUGUAGUAGAAAAGGUGCUUAGUGCUGAAGAGUCCAAUGGUAGUUGUGAGGUAAUUGCUGGUGAGAUGAGGUGCCCACCUGAGGACUCUAAUGGCCUGGAAGGGAAGGGUAACGACUUUUAUCAGGACCUCCUAGAUGAACUACCACCAAAGAAACUUUGGAAAGGCCCCAAUAUGAAGCACCUGAGCUCCAAACUGAAAAUAGCUUUUGAUGUGGCAUGCACAGCCUUGAAUGUAAAGAAGUAUCACAAGUUUGAUCCAUAUGAGUUCAGUGUGAGUGACACUCAAAGGGCACUCAAGACAGCACUCAAUUCUACUGCAAGCACUGGGAGCACUGGAGGAGGAUCCAAGAAGUUCAUACAUAAGAUUGGAGGGGAACCAGACUGUAGGAAAGGUGCUAAAUCAAAGCCAACAUCAACACCUGGGGAACAGUGUAUAAGAACAUCUGAGUACCCAUGUGGGUUUGGGCCCUACAUGGAGGAAAUCCAGAGCUUGAAGCGGGACCAGAAACCAGUGGCCCUAUGCAGCAACUGUGGCAGCCCUAAUAAACUACACAUGUGUUCUGCCUGUCACAUGGUGCGCUACUGUGGCAGAGAAUGUCAGAAGGCUCACUGGAAGCAAACUCACAAAGAUGAGUGUAAGAAACUGGCCAAGCAGCAUAAACAGGUCAAGAGAGACAUCAAGGCCAGUGGCAAAUAACCCCCAUACACCCACACUUAUCCCUGGAGUAGAGAGCAUGGAUUGCCUCAACAAAACUGCUGCGAUUUGUGAGUUGGGAGCCAACAAACCAGAUACUCGGUGCUAACAGAAGGUGGUGCUAUGACUAUCCAAAAGUAUAUGGAUGAUGAGACAAUCAAACCAAAUAAACAUUUUAGUUGAUGUUAAAAGUGUUAAUAUGAGAACAAUUUUAUUUUUGUACUGCUUAUAACUGAUAUCACAAAAAAUGUUCCCAGAGUUGGGAAAGAGUGGCAUUUAUAUUGGAAUCUCAGAGAAAAGUGUAAACCAAUUUACAUGAUCAGUUAAAUAAUCAGUUUAUAUUGUGCUAGUACAAUAGACAAUUUGUCAGUUCACAAUAUGUUUUAGUAGAAAAGUAGUGUACUAUAUUUCGGUAUUUGGGAUGGAGCUCAGCAGUUGUGGGAAAACAAAUUUUUUUUUUUCAUGAUGUUUUAACCCCCACCCUUCACCCAUAUAACAAAAUUUAAUGAUAGUGACUAGCCUUUCACUUGAAUAUUAAAAUAAAAUCAACAUUCUUCACUAUUGGAAUAUUUAUUUAACCCCCUCCCAGAAGGAAAUCUGUUCUGCUACAACUGUUGACAAUCCCGUUCUGAUUCACAGAUUUUUUAUAAUCCUAACUACACUAUACCUUCUUAUUAUCCCACCAGACCGAGCAAAGUUUGCGUAGGGAUAUAAUAAAUAAGCCAUCUUUGUCCGUUUAUUUAUGUGUCUAGAUAAUAUUUACUCAAAUACCAGUUGUCAGGUUUGUUUCAAAUUUCCAAUAUGGCCCUCAAUUCAAAAUGGCCACCAUUUUCU